UGGCGGUAAGCACAUCUUUGAAGGACGAAAUCCAAAACGAACCACAGAAAGACGGAAGAGAGCGUCGUAUUAUCGCUUGUAUUUAUGAGUAAAUAAUACGCGUUUAAUUCGAUCAAACAUGAAUCAGGAGCAGUAUCCGCGAUCAUCCAUUGAGGAUGAUUUUAAUUAUGGCACGAACGUCGCGACGGCGAGCGUCCACAUCCGGAUGGAUUUCCUCCGCAAGGUCUACACCAUCCUGUCAUUGCAGAUUAUAGUCACCACUGCUGUAUCUGCUCUUUUCAUGCUCUGUAACCCCAUUAAAAACUUUGUGCACGAAAGUCCCUCUCUGGUGUUGAUAUCUGCUAUCGGUUCCCUUAUCCUGCUCCUUGCCUUGGCUGUGUACCGUCACCAGCACCCCAUUAAUCUUUAUUUGCUGUUUGGGUUUACUUUGCUGGAGUCUCUGUCUGUAGCCACUGCGGUGACAUUUUAUGAGUACACCAUAGUGCUCCAGGCCUUUGUGCUCACGUCUGCCGUGUUCCUGGGUCUCACUGCCUACACUUUCCAGUCUAAAAGAGACUUCAGCAAGCUCGGAGCCAGUCUGUUUGCUGGCCUGUGGAUCUUGAUCAUUGCAAGCUUUAUGAGGCUUUUCUUCUACAAUGACACAAUGGAGUUGGUCUUCGCUGGGGCUGGAGCUCUGCUGUUCUGCGGGUUCAUUAUUUUCGAUACCCACCUGCUGAUGCAUAAGCUGUCACCGGAGGAGCACGUCCUGGCAUCCAUCAACCUGUACCUGGACAUAGUCAACCUGUUCAUCUAUAUCCUGCGCAUCCUCGACUCCAUGAAGAAACACUGAAUGUUGUGAUGCUCUUCUUCACUUUCAGAGGUGAAUUUUGGGUGCAGUGGUACAAAAAUAAUAUUCUUUAAUUUAAUAGACUCCAUGUACAAUAAUCAAAUAAAAAUGUGUUAACUAAUAUCCAAAUUAAGCAUCGCAGAUAAACUUUGCAAAAACUUUGUGGACCACAUAAUAUGAAAUAUUUAUUUGAAUAAAAGCCUUCAAAAUGCACUGAAUAUAAGACAUUAAUUUAUUUGCAUUGCAGUUUUUUGCAGUGUUCAGAAUUAAUGGAGUAUGAGUGCUAUUCUUCUAAUUGGGUGGGCAUUAA